AUGAAUAAAUGGACACUUAAAUUUGAGAAUUAGGCUUUGGAAAAUUAAUAUCAAGCAAAACAAUAAGAUUACUAUCAAACCCUUAUUUUUAAAGUUAUAUCAAUAUCAUCUGUUCUAUUGCAUUUAGGAAAGCUAAUUUCUGAUUAAUCUUAGGAUGCUCCUUCAAGAAUUGAAUUAUAAACUCCAGGAUUGAUUAUUUCAAUACUGUCUUUGAUUGUGAUAUCUGGGUAUCCUUAAUACUCAUCAACUGUGAUGAUUUUGUUAAAUUACACAUUCUCAUUAGUUUAAUUUUGGGUUGACAAUGUAUAUGGUUAAUAAAGGAGUUUUGUUCUUGGGUCAAAUGUUAUGGCAUCAUAAAUGCUACUAAUGAUGUCUUUAGACUUUUAUUAAAUAGUACCAUAAAUUGUAAUACAAUGUAUUUUAAAGUUAAUCAUAAUGAGUCAAUAUUAUAAAGAGAGUUUGAGUAUGGUUUCAAUCUAGUUUAGUGUACUUAUAACAAUUAUUUCAAUUGUUUCUUAUUAUUUCAUAGGCUAAGCAAAGAGAUAACAAUUUUUAUUGACUGUUAAGGAAGAUCGAUAUUGUAAAAAUGUUUUUAAAAUAUAGUACAAUACUUACCGAAAUUUAUGUCAGAUCCAUUUAUAUUGUUUGAAUAUGAAUAAGAAUAAUUUUAACCAAUUCUAUUAAGUAAGUAAAAUAAGAUUAAGAGAUGGAACAUAAAUCUUUGUGAUGGUUGUAAUUUAAGAAGUUUAAUUAGAUAUAUUCAUUUUGGAAAUUAAACGUUAGAAAAUUAUUUGUUAGAAAAAUAUAGUUAAAUAACAAGUUCAUUUUAAAAAGGUAAUACAAUUGAUGAAUUUUCAUUUACAUAUCGAUGUUAUUCUUAAAUUGAUGUAAUAAUCACAAUUACUGAUAAAAUCAAUUUCUUAGUAAAAUUUACAAGCAUAUAAUAAUAAUCAUAAUAAGAAAUAGUUGCUAUUAAGAAAAUUAAUCAUUUUUAUCGAUUGAUUAGAUAACUUUUCAAGUGUAUUAAGAAACCUUAAAAGUAUAAAACAUUAUUAUUUGAUAUUUCUAUUCAAUUUAUAUCUGGAUUUUAUUUAUAUGGAAAUAAAGAAAUUCAUUAUUAUCCAGUUGAAAUAUUGAAGAAUGUGAUAAAGUUUAUUGGAGCAACUAAUAUUUUAGUUAAUGCUGAAUAAUAAAGUGUUGAUUUUAGUUUAAUAGGAUCUAAAAAUUAAUUUUCUGUUUAUUUUCUAUAGAUUUGUAGAAUUUUAAUGAUUACAAAUCGAGAAAAUGAUUUUAUUGUUAUAAAAACUAGAAUAUCGUCAGAAAAUUCAUUAAUAUUUGAAUUUUCUCAAAAAAUGGAGAAUAUUUAAAAAUUUAUACAUCUAUAUAAGAUCAACAAAUUUUUAUGUUCUUUAGAAUUGGUUCUUUUUUAAAGAAGUAUGGAUUUUCAAUAAAAUUGCUAAUUAUAAAUGAAAAGAAUACCAGUUGAUGAAUUAAAGAAUGUUAUUUUAAUUUGA